AUGGGGGAGCCGCGUGAGGUGAGGGAGCUGGGCGCCCAUUCAGGCGCUGUUCUGGGUGAAUCGGCCGAUCAUGAGGCAGUGGUCAGGCGUGCAGGCGGUGGUGUGGCGAACUCAGCUGAGCCCAGGCGCGCAAGUGGGCGCGCAAAGGAAGCGGACGAGCAGUCCCUUCACGCAAGGGUUAUCGGCGGCUGUGCAAGCCAGGUGGCAGGCGAGCUGCCUGGUUUAUGCGCCUACUCAGGCAGUCCAGGAGGGCAGAUCAGUGCGAGGGGAGUUGCGCAGGCUCCAAUAGGCAUUNUGUUGAAGAAGAAAGCAUUGAAGGUGGUGGCCAUCUUAUUGCUGGGCACGAUGGAGGAGAGAUUGACUUCAAAUUAG